AUGUUUUAUGAACUUCACUCUUUUAAACAUAAAACAAGAGGCACAUCUGGUGAUCAUAAAACAUACCAACUUGCUACUGUUUGUUGCAUUGCAGUUGUUAAACUUAAAAAGGAAAAUCAAAAUUGUGAAAAUAUUUUCAAGAAAUGCUUUCACAGAUUUAUUAGUGAAGUUAAAGUUAAACAUUCAGUAGAAAUGUUAUUUACAGUCUGA